CGGGAAAAACAACUUUCACUCCGCGCGUGCCGCUGCUGUGGGGAGGUGUGGUGGCGGUGAAUGGUGCUAUCCGCAAGUUUUGAUAGUUGUUUUUUUCGUAUUAGAUAACGUUGGUGCGAUUUUUUACAAGUAAAGCGUUACCGCUUAUUUGAUUGUUCUACAUAAUCCUAGUAGAUCGUGCGAAAACAACAGAAAUGGGGAAAAUCAAGUGUGGACCUGUUGUGGAGAUGCAAGGAGAUGAAAUGACAAGAGUGAUCUGGGACCUCAUCAAGGAAAAGCUGAUCCUGCCAUUCGUGGAGCCCGAGUUGCACUUCUUUGACCUGAGCAUUCAGAGCCGGGAUGGCACCGACGAUCAGGUCACUGUCGACUGCGCCAACGCCAUCAAGCAGUACGGCGUGGGCAUCAAGUGCGCCACCAUCACGCCCGACGAGGCUCGGGUGAAAGAGUUCAGCCUGAAGAAGAUGUGGAAGUCGCCGAACGGUACCAUCCGCAACAUCCUGGGCGGCACCGUGUUCCGCGAGGCGAUCCUGUGCCGCAACAUCCCGCGCCUGGUCACCGGCUGGACCAAGCCGAUCGUGAUCGGCCGACACGCGCACGCUGACCAGUACAAGGCCACCGACCUGGUGAUCCCGGCCGCCGGCGAGCUCCAGCUGGUGUUCCGGCCGGCCGACGGCGGCCCGCCGCAGACGCACACCGUACACCAGUACAAGGGUCCCGGUGUGGCACUGGGCAUGUUCAACACGGACGAGUCCAUUGAGGCUUUCGCCCACUCGUCGUUCAAGUACGCAUUGGAGAAGAAGUACCCUCUCUACCUGUCUACGAAGAACACCAUUCUGAAGAAGUACGACGGGAGGUUCAAGGACAUUUUCCAGGAGAUCUACGAGAGGCAGUACCGCAAGCAGUUCGAGUCCGACGGCAUCUGGUAUGAGCACCGCCUCAUCGAUGACAUGGUGGCCUACGCCAUGAAGUCGGAGGGCGGCUUCGUCUGGGCAUGCAAGAACUACGACGGAGACGUGCAGAGCGACUCGGUGGCGCAGGGAUACGGCUCGCUGGGCAUGAUGACGUCCGUGCUGGUGUGCCCGGACGGCCGGACGGUGGAGGCGGAGGCGGCGCACGGCACGGUCACGCGCCACUACCGCCAGCACCAGCAGGGCAAGGAGACCUCCACCAACCCGAUUGCGUCCAUAUUCGCCUGGAGCCGGGGCCUGGCGCACCGCGCCAAGCUGGACGACAACGCGCAGCUUGCCGAGUACUGCAGCGCGCUGGAGGCCGUCUGCAUCGAGACCAUCGAGGCCGGCCACAUGACCAAGGACCUGGCCAUCUGCAUCAAGGGCAUGAAUGGCGUCACCCGCUCCGACUACCUGAACACGUUCGAGUUCCUGGACAAGCUGGCCGAGAACCUGAAGACCAAGCUGGCCAAGUGACUAGCUCGGCUGUAGGGCCGCAGCGGCGGCGGCCCGACGCGACUAGCUCAACUCGUCCCUUCGAAUGAGGCGGCCGCCCUGCCGGUGGCCGAUGCCUGGUGACAUCGCAGUAAAAACACUGCCCGUUGUCGAUUUUCAGCGUUUCUCUGUGGGCGUUCAUGCCCAUUGUUUCCGUGGAUAUACCGUUCGAUCAAACUGUUGCGGGUGGAUGAGGCAUAAUGAUGUUUUUGAUUUGUUCUGUUUCAUAUCCCUCUAUUUUAUCAUACUCAAGGACCGGUGUGCAUCCUUUGUGUACCCUGGCCACAUCGAGUUAUGGCCCUUCGUUCCCGAACUGGAACGUGUUUACAUUCCCUUUCAGCAUAAUUGCUGUUUUCCACUGGCACUCAAACGCCGUGAAUGGUUAAUGGACGCGCUUUUACCGUACAUUGUUGCGCUCCUCUGAUGAUAUUUGACUGAAUCUGCGAACACGUUAGCAAUACAUAAUACCAUGUCUCUUAAAUCGCUAGGUAAAUCGCAUGUUACACCGUGUUGCGUGCCGUGCCAUGUUCAGUGGGAACUGUCCCUCCCUCACAAAACAACUGUUGUCACGAUUUGGGGCCAAAUAAAACACUGGAUUACAAAGUCA